CAAGCAAUCCUCCUGGCUCGGCCUUUCAAAAUCCUGGGAUUACAAGCGUGAGUUGCUGCACCCAGCUGUGAUUAACACUCAAGUCAGGAGAUUUUGAGUAGGCCGAUGACCCUCCAUCAUGUAAGUGGAGGGCCAAAUCUCAUCUGUCAAAGGACUUAAGAUAAAAAAGACUGACGGCUCCCGAGGAAGAGCGAGUUCUGCCAGCUGAUUGCCUUUGGAUUCAAGCUGCAGCGCUGUGUGUCUCCCGGGUCUCCAGCCUGCUGCCCACACUGAGUGUUUUGGACUUGCCAGCCUCCACGGUCAUGUGCGCCCGCUCCUUAAUGGAAAUCUCAGUCUGUCUGUGUGUGUGCGUGUCCACAUAUGCAUAGGACUCAGUGACUUUUGAGGAUGUGGAUGUGAACUUCACGGAGGAGGAAUGGGUUUUGCUUGAUUUUUCCCAGAAGAAUCUCUACAGAGAUGUGAUGCUGGAAACCGUCAGCAAUCUGACCUCUGUAGGAAACCAACUGGAAUACCAAAGCAUUGAAAACCAUCACCAAAAUCCUGGGAGAAUGCUAAGGCACAUCAGAGCUCACCCUGGACACAAACCAAAUGAGUGUGGUGAGAAAUCUGGAGAGAAGCCCUGUAAAUGUAAACAACGUUGGAAAGCCUUCAUUUCUGUCAAAAGUGGUCGAAGACACAUGGUAACACACACUGGAAAUGUACCUUAUAAGUGCAAGUUAUGUGGGGAAGGCUUUGAUUUUCCCAGUUCACUUCGAAGACAUAAAAGGACUCACACUGGACAGAAGCCCUGUAAAUGUAAAGACUUUGUUAAAGCCUUCAGUUUUUCUAGUUACUUUCAAAUACAUGAGAAAACUCAAACUCGAGCAAAAUGCUAUGAAUGUAAACAAUGUGGAAAAACCUUUGGUUAUCCCAGUGCCUGUCAAAUACAUGUUAGAACUCACACUGGAGAAAAACCUUAUGAAUGUAAACAGUGUGGUAAAGCAUUCAUUUCUUUCACUUACCGUCGAACACAUGAAAUCAGAACUCAUACCCGAGAGACAGCCUGUGAGUGUAAGGAAUGUGGGAAAACAUUCAGUUGUUCUAGUUCCCUUCGAAGACACGAAAAAUCUCAUACCGGAGGAAAACUUUAUGAAUGCAAAACAUGUGGCAAAGGCUUUAAAUGUUCUAGUUCUCGACGGAUACAUGAAAGAAUUCAUACUGGAGAGAAACCUUAUGAAUGUAAGAAAUGUGGUAAAGCCUUCAAUUAUUCUAGUUGCUUUCAAAGACAUAAAAGAACUCAUACUGGAGAAAAACCCUAUGAAUGUAAAAGGUGUGGAAAGGCCUAUUUGUUGUCUGCUUCCCUUCGAAUUCACGAAAGAACUCACACUGGAGAAAAACCCUAUGAAUGUAAGGAGUGUGGGAAAGUAUUCAGUCAUGGAAGUUGUCUCAGAGCACACAAAAAGACUCAUGCUAGGGAGAAGCUCUCCUAAUGUAAGAAAUGGUAAAGCACACAGUUUUCCCAGUAGCCUCAGGAAAGGACAGACUGGCAAAAAGUCCUGUGAAUGUACAGGAUGUGACAGUGCCUUCAUUUCUCUCAUAUCCAAUCAGAGACAUAUGUCAGUGCACACCGGAGCUGGCCCUUAGAAAAUAUAAGAAUGCACACUGGCCAGGCAUGGUGGCUCAUGCCUGUAAUCCCAGCAUUUGGGGAGGUAGCGGCAGGAGGAUCG